CUCUCCCUCUCUGUCCUUCAUCUCCUCCUCCCUCUUCCUACCUGACUUCUCUGAAGAUCUUCAUCUACUUUCCUUCACAAAUGGCAAAUUUCCAAGCCAUGUAUAAAUGUAUCAUUCUUCUUGCACUAGUUGCUUGUCAUGGAUUUUUCGUUAUCGAAGGAAGGAAAAUGAAGUCAACAAAACAAAAGAAAGAAAUCUCCACGCCCAUGAUACCAAAUUACAACUUUAGCUUCCGUGGCUCAAAUGUUGUGCACAAAGAUGAUUUCCGACCAACAACACCAGGCAACAGCCCUGGUGUCGGCCACUCUUUUCCACUUGAUGAUCAAGCAGAUAUGGAACCAAAGGCACUAAGCAAGAGGACGACAGAUGUUAGACAUUCUCUUACAGGAUUCAAAAAUGGUCGCCGGCCGCCCACAGCACCCGGACACAGCCCCGGUGUUGGCCACUCUUUUCCUCUCCUUGAAGAAGAUGUUGAAGAAAGUAAGAGCCCAGAAGUUAGUCAUUCUGUUACAGGAUUUAUAGAUGCUCACCGUCCCACAGCUCCCGGACACAGCCCCGGUGUUGGCCACUCUUUUCCUUUCCUUGAAGAAGAUGUUGAAGAAAGUAAGAGCCCAGAAGUUAGUCAUUCUGUUACAGGAUUUAUAGAUGCUCACCGUCCCACAGCUCCCGGACACAGCCCCGGUGUUGGCCACUCUUUUCCUUUCCUUGAAGAAGAUGUUGAAGAAAGUAAGAGCCCAGAAAUAAGUCAUUCUGUUACAGGAUUCAUAGAUGCUCACCGUCCCACAGCUCCCGGACACAGCCCUGGUGUUGGCCAUGUUCUUCAAAACAAAAAUACAGAACCAAAUGCGUAGACAUGUACGUACUGACACAACUAGGUUAUUUAAUAUUUGGUCACUCAUGUUGUUCAAAGAUUGUAAAGAGCAUAAGUCUUAUUGUUUUUUAAUUUCAUGCUUUCAACAGUCUCUUCAUGCAGACUGGAUGUCGAUCGUAUGUAUAUUAAACUUUCUAUGCAAGCUGUCAUGAUCUUAAGGUUGUUUCCCUGCAAUAUUUGCAUAGU